GGAUCACAAUCUCAAUGCCCUCCAGAUGGCGUACGAAAGCUUCAGCGAGGAUUUCGACAAAGCCAAGCUAGAUGUUACUCACGAACUCGAGGGCGGCAUCAUCUUCGUGCAAAAUGAAGGGGAGUGCCUGUGCAUCCCGCCCUUCUGCCCGAUGAUGAGCUUCGCCACAAAGACGUCUGUGCUCGGCACUUACUCCACUAUCACAUAUGACAAUUACAUCUCGAUGCUACGAAAACUUCCCUUGCUCAAAGCGUGGUUCACAACCGAGCUUGCCGGCGAGCGAAAGCAGAGCGAAUUCAAUUGCGCCAUGCUCAAAGCGCUAGAUCUGAUGCUAAACGGCGAAAUCGACCCCGAGGCUGGAGAAUUCGAUGACACGUAUAAGCUCAGCUUCACUGAGAAUGGACUGCUGCGCACUCUAUUGUGCACCUGGGACGAAGUAAAAGAUGACGUCGUGGCAUUGAUCGGUCCGAUGGAUGCCAAGGUCAUGAAGGAUAUCUGGAGUGCAUUUCUCAUUGAAUCGAAGGGUAGGGAGUGCAAGAUCUGUGGCAAGACCAUUCGGAAUAAGCAGAAGUUGAUGCGCAAGCACUUCGUGGACAAUCAUUGGCCGAAGCAGAAGGUCACGGAACGUAUUGAUUCUAUGGAGGUCCUCGAAGGUGAUGAAGGUGAGGGUCAUGAAGCUCCUCUGGAGUCAGUAGAGGUGAUGGAAGACAUACUUUGCGAGUAGACUGGUGAUGAGGUGGGUUUCGGCUUCUAGGCCAAUGCAGCGCUACUGACUAGUUCACAGACGGGCGAGCUGAUAGAACCUUGAGGGGUUCUAGAGCGUGGAAUUAAGCAUGACAUGUAAUUCGAAAAUUCAACAGAUUUG